AUGACAAAUGGGGGAAGCAAGAAGACGGCCAGAGGUGAGGUAUCUGGGUGGAUGCUCAUCUGUGUCAGCUUUUUGCUGACCAUCCUCCUUGAAAUGACAUACCGGGGACCUCGGCCCACCUCAUCAAGCACAAAGCUGUUGAUGACAAGUUAUUGUGUACACUCUACUGUGGUUUCCCACUGUACUCACACCUUGGUCACCUCUGUCCUGUUCAAUCUACAUGCUGAGGCCCAUAAAACCACCUUUGACCUGCAUCUGCCUCACCUUCCCUUUAUCUCCAAUUUCACUUAUGUAUGCCUGCUUCCAAACUUAUUGACAAUCAACAAUAAAGUCUGUGUUGUGGAAGUCAAAGAGAAGCACCAGGCAAAGAAAAUCUGUGAGAAAGCCCAUCAGCAGGGAAAUGCAGUUGCUCAUGUGGGCAUCAGAUAAGAAGAAGAGAACUUCAGAAUCUCUACUAGCCCAGCAGCAGGUCUGUAGGUGACUUCCCUGGUCUAUGAGGGGCUGCUAUAAUGGCUCCAGGGCCAGUGCCUGGCAGUGGUUAGCUUGAAGCUUGGCCAGUUGGUCACAAGGCUGACUGUGGAGGUCACAGUGUCAGAAAGAAUGGGAACUGGCUAGGUUCACAUACCACCUCUGAAGGCCAGCCACCUGUGUACCAACACCCACAGGGGAAUGUCAGCAGCACUAUGUGAGGCUGACUCGUCCCCAUCUACCAGGAUUGAGAGGGGAGAGACCUGUGUCUGAAUCACCUUCUGCCCAGCACUGCAAGACCAGUCUGCCUUUUCCAGCUCAGGCACCAUGGUCCACUUUGUGGUCCAGCAUGGAGUCAUGGAGGGCAUCGCUGGAGAUGUGCAGAUUUACGAGGGCGAUUUUAUUCAUUAUUUUGCCCCCAGAAGCCUCCCACCUGUCAAGAAAAGCAUGGUAUUCAUUGUUGAUAUAAGCGCUGGCUCUAUGUUUGGCACCACGAUGAAGCAGACUGAAAAGGCCAUGAACGUGAUCCUGGGUGGCGUCAACGACCACUUCUAAAUCAUCACCUUUUCUGACUCGGUUAGCAUAGCUAGCAUCCAGAACAUCCACAGCACCAAGGACUACCUGGGUCACAUGGAAGCUGGUGGUUGGACCAACAUCAGUGCAGCUCUGCUCAGCAUAGCAUUGCUAAACCACAGCAUUCCGGAGACUGGUCGGGGCUGCAAUGUGGGGAGGAUCCGUCUCAUCAUCUUCCUGACAGAUGGGGAGCCCACAGCCAGUGUGAUGACCCCUAGGGUGAUCCUCUCCAACAUCCGUCAGGCACUGGGCAACAGGGUGUCCCUUUUCAGUUUGGCCUUCAGGGAUGAGGCUGACUUCCCAUUGCUGUGUCACCUGCCCCUGGAGAACCAGGGAGAAGCCUGGUGCAUGUAUGAGGGCACUGAUGCAGCCCCACAGCUGAAGGGCCUCUAUGAGGAGAUCUCCAUUCCUCUGCUGGCAGAUGUGCAUCUUGAAGGGAGAGCCUCCCCUCCUCUGGGAGGCUUGGUUGGGGCCUCCCCUUGGACUUUUCCCCAUUAUUUUGGUGGCUCAGAACAGGUGGCGGCAGGACAGGCACAGGCACAGGUAGGAAAGCAGGAACUUGGCAUCCACCUGGCAGCCUGUGGUCCCAAGAGUCAGCUUCUUGUGGCCUGUCACAGUGAGGCAGCCACCAAGAGCCAGAAGAACUCUGGUGUCCCAGGGGAGUGGGCCUACAACGUAGCCCACUUCACCUGCUGCCUCUGGGCCUACACCACCAGUGGAGAGUUGCAGGGAUGCUUCCAAGCCUGUGACACUACCACUCGCCGCCUGCUGGCCACCAAAGUCCUCAACCUGUCCCUUGAAUACAAUGUUGUCAUGGUGCAGCCCAAGGAGGCAAGUGGGAAGGUCAGAUCACAGAUUUCCACUGCAGCUGUGCUAGGCACCAUUAUGCCUUCAUCCGCCAGCAGACGUGGCCUCGCGACAGGCACAGCCCAGUCAGCGUUGUUACCCAAGGUCUCUCCCAAAUUAGGGCUUGUGAAACCAAGGUCCUACUUAUCCUCAACGGCUCCUGCUUCUACAGAAAUUAUGUCCAGUUCCAAGGAGUUGGAGCCACUGGGUCAGGACACUAGUACCCUAUCCACCCCAGCACAAGCCAAAUCCCCAAAUCCUACACAACAGGAUUCUGGCACUUUGGUUCAGCCAACUCUCAGAACAAAAACUGCUGCCUUUGGGCCCUCAAACUCUGGUGCCCUAUUGCUUCUGAAGCCCAGCGUGCCAUCACACCAGAAUCCUGGUACCCUAUUACCCAUGACUGCCAAGACAUAAGUCCCACUUCUGAAUCCUAGCACCCCAUCCCAGCCCAAAGCUGGCAUUGUGAAACAUGAUAUUCCACUGUCCUCCAAACCUGGUGUUCCAUCACAACCCAAACUGGAUGCUCUAUCACAUUCCCAACUUGGGGUACUCACAUCACAGUCACCCAAAAGCUUGCCACAGGCCAAUCCUGGAGUCUCCAUGCUUCAGAUCUUCAAACACCUAUACUUAUCAUUUUCUAAACCUUGGACCCCAAUCCCCAAUAAACCCAAAACCCCAUACCCCAGACCUGCCAGACCAAUGCCCCUACCUCCUCAGGAUCCAAACACAUUCACAAGCACAACCUCAAGUCCUGCAAGUCCCAGCAAGACCAUGACCACCUCUGUCUUUGGAGUACCCCUCCCAAUUCCCUUUGACUCCACCUUGCCCUCUGCUGCCCUGAGAAAGCUCUGGCUUCAGCAGGAUCUGCUGCUGGGGCCCCAAAACACCAGGCAAAUUCUGGGACUACCUGUGUCAGAAGUCCCAACAAUGGGCCUCUCCAGCAGCUCCAGGCCUAUGCCAGAAGAGCCCCCAAAUGUGCCAGUCUUGCUGCCUUCUAGCAUCCUCCCUGAGGUGGCCAGCCUGCUCCAUCUCCCUGAGGAGCUAGAGCUGCUGUCUAAGUCAAUGGUGGAGUCCAUGAUCAUGGAGUCCUUGAACACACCAGCUUUCUAUACCUUCCUCACUCCUGAUGAAGGUGGUGAGUGCCACGGGCAAGAGGUCAAGCCAUGA